ACAAAUAAUACCAGCAAACGGCUAACUUCGCCAAAUAUAGUUUACCUUAUUUACUUUACCAACUCAAGCGUAACAAAUCUGGUUUCGUUUAGAAGAAACGGUGUCAGACAGUAGUCUAAUAAUAUUAUUGUAUCAAGUAAUCAAGUAUUGUGGAAUAUUAAAAAUCAUAUUGUUUUUCAGUCUGUUAUUUAACUCGGCAUCGAUUGUUUGAAUGUUUCAUUUUAUGUAUUUGGGUGGGGUCACUGAUGUUGUGCGUGAGUGACUGCAUUUUGUAAACAUAGAGACGUUUAAGUUUUCGUUUUAUGGCAUGCGCUGACGGCUGUGAAGUGUUUGGCAGUUGAUGUUGUAAACUAUGGAUCAUCAAACAAUAGGAUUUGAUCUUGUAAAUGACAAUGGCAAUGCAGGACGUUCCAAACACGUUACACAACUUACAUACAGACCGUUGCCAGCAGCAGUUUCCUCUGUCGCCCCUGCUCCACCUGCAGGCAAUCUUUACCCAUCCAUGCCUGCAGGAACCACAGCCAAAGCUCCGCCCAUCGGCUUUGAAAUGCACGGUCACCCACAUGACAAUGAGCCGACAGAAGUGGUCACAGAGAAAGUCCCUGGCGGACCUCAAACGAGUCGGAAUGAAGAGUUCACGAUGUUCUUCAAAGAUGGCGCUCGACGAAUCGACUUUGUCUUGGCCUAUGAAAUGGGAACCACAGCGGAACAGGAAAACCGAGUUAAAAAGCGGGCAUACUUUCUAGACAUGAUUAAGAAAGAAGGAUUGCACUUGGAACAUGAGAAACCAGAGGACUCUAAGAGUGGGAAGGUGGCCUUUAUAAAGUGCCACGCCCCCUGGGAGGUUCUGGCCAAGGGGGCGGAGCUAAUGAACAUGAAGAUGCCCUUAGCGCCCAAUGACAUGCCAACCCAAACAAGUAUCUUCCAAUGCUGCCCGACCCCUUUUGACCUCGAUAAGGAACUGAUAGAGGAAGAUGACAACUAUUUCACAGCCCCUUUCAACAGGAGCCGCAUGGACCAGUUUUUUGGUUCACCAAAUCGACAUGAUUGGUUCGUCAUUCAUGACAAAGAAAAAUUCUUCUCAAACGCUCAGCGUAGCCGAAUCGUGUACGCCAUCUUGUCUCGAGCGUAUUAUGAGGAUGAAGAUCAGGACAACUCGGGAAAACGACGAUUUGGAAUCAAGAAGCUGCUUGCCAACGGAACAUUUAGUGCAGCGUAUCCUCUCCAUGAUGGUAAAUACACCAGUGAGCACUCACUGCUGACUAGGGGAAAGGAAAAUGACAGACAUCUCCUAUAUGAGUUGUGGGCAAAACCAGGUAGAUGGUACAAAUUCCAGCCAUUGGACAAAAUCAGGAAGUACUUUGGAGAGAAGAUAGGUAUAUACUUCACCUGGCUGGGUUACUACACCACCAUGUUGGUGCCUGCUGCCAUUGCCGGUCUCAUUGCUUUCAUAUAUGGCCUUGUUACCAUGGGAGAUGACCAAGUCACGAAUGACCUGUGCUCAGUGCAGAUAGCGGGUAACAUCACGAUGUGUCCACUGUGUGACAACCGCUGCUCGUACUGGCGACUCAAGGAGAGCUGUGGCUUCUCCAGGGCCACUUACCUUUUUGAUAAUCCUGCAACUGUGGCGUUUGCUUGUGUCAUGGCUUUAUGGGCAUCCUUUUUCCACGAGUUUUGGAAGCGAAAGCAGGCAGAGCUAGAGUAUGACUGGGAUAUCGCUGAUUUUGAAGACGAGGAGAUCGCUAAUACAGAAACAGUCAGACCAGAAUUUGAAAAUGCUGUCAUGAGAAAGCGAGAAAACCCCAUAAAUAAGAAAUUAGAGCCUUAUGUGCCGAACUGGAGCAAGUGUUUCCGCUACUCAACAACCAUUGUUGUGUUGCUGUUCUUUUUUGCCCUGGUCAUUAUCGCUAUACUUGGCGUUAUCAUCUACCGGAUUGUGAUAGCGGCAGUCUUGUCAGCAAUUGACCAGGACAUGGUGAAAGGACGUGCUGGACUCAUAGCCUCCGUGACUUCAGCCUGCAUUAAUCUUAUCAUCAUCGUGUUCUUAAACUUUGUUUAUCAAAAAAUUGCCGAGGGUCUCACUGAACUAGAACAACACCGCACUGAGACCGAGUGGGAGGAUGCCUUCACCUUCAAAAUGUAUCUCUUCCAAUUUGUCAACUACUACUCUUCCAUCGUGUAUAUUGCUUUCUUCAAGGGCAAGUUUGUUGGCAGACCAGGCAAUUAUAACCGUAACUUCUUUGGUUACAGACAGGAGGAGUGUGACCCGGCUGGCUGUCUCAUAGAGCUCUGUAUUCAGCUGGGUAUCAUCAUGGUGGGCAAACAGGCCUUUGCAAACUUCAAAGAAGUAGUUCUGCCGAAGGUGAUGGUGUGGUGCAAGUCCCGCAAGGUUCUAGAUGACAAGGACAACAAGGUCUACACACACUGGGAGCAGGACUACAACCUGGCUGACCAGCCCAAACUGGGCCUGUUUGAUGAGUACCUUGAGAUGGUGAUCCAGUACGGGUUUGUGACCAUAUUUGUGGCAGCCUUCCCUCUGGCCCCAUUCUUUGCCCUACUCAACAACAUCAUUGAGAUACGCCUGGACGCGUACAAGUUUGUAACACAGUGGAAGCGUCCCCUGGCCCUUCGGUCGCAGGAUAUUGGAAUCUGGUUUGGCAUUUUGCAAGGAAUCUCAGCCCUUGCUGUUGUCUCCAACGCAGCAAUUAUUGCCUUCACAUCAGAGUUCAUCCCACGUAUGGUGUACAAGUAUGUCUACAGCCCGGACCAGACAAUGACAGGCUAUUAUGAGACCUUUCGAAUGUCAGUUUUCGACAUUGCAGACUUCCAAAAGGACUCGAUGCCUGAAGACCCAAAAUUCAAAGAGUUUGGGAAUGUUACCACAUGCAUGUACCGUGGCUACUAUGAGCCCCCCUCUGCCCCAGAGCCCUACACCUACAAGAUGGCCUUCUGGCACGUACUGGCUGCUCAGCUCGCGUUUAUUGUCGUGUUCGAGAACCUGAUAGUGUUUCUGACGUGGCUUGUGAUGUACCUGGUACCAGACAUGCCUUACAAUGUUAAGAUGCAGAUGUUAAGAGAGAAGUACCUCAGCAAGCAGGCACUGUUCCACGCAGAGGAACUCAAAGAACAAACCAGGCCCAAGGCAGAAUAAUUGAGGAAAGACAAUAAGUCAUGUAGAGAAAUGUACCAAAUCCAUAGUGGAAAAAAUAUAGUGAAGGCUGGAAAGUAAAUAUGUAUUUAUGAGUGAAUAAACAGAGAUAUUUAAGUGAAUAAAGUAUGUAUACAGAAAGAAAUAGAGUAUGUAUACACAACACAAAAUUAACAUGAAGAAAUCAAGUAAACAUACGAAAAUAAAAACGUACUGAAGUUUAUGUCAAAUAGAGGUUAACUGCAGAGUCUAAAUACAGACACCUUAUGCACAUGCAUUAAGCUGGUCUUCAUAAAGAUCCACUCAUAUCUGAGUACAAAAACAAUAUGUUAAACAUUAUACAAAAUAAACACUGAGACUGUUCUGGUUAUGUUAAACAAAUAUUAUUCUAGUAAGAAAUCCACAGGGUUUCUUUCUGUCCAAGAAUUUGAAUGACAUUUUCACAUGAAAAUAAUUCUUUGUUUUAUUAAAUUUUUCACUUGAAUUAAAGUUCCAAGUUUUGCAAUGAUUUGACCCAUCAUGACCUUAUUUCUAUUAUUGUUAGUUGUCAUCCAUUAUUAAAUAUUAUGUUAUUAAUAAGCAUAUUUUAGAAUAAUAAGUUCAUGUAUUUUUAUUUUCAGUUUUUACUUGUUUUAUGGCAUAUUUAAUUAAAAUUACAUUGUCUUUGUGUCAGGGUUGUGUCUUUUGACAUGGUUUAACUGUUGUUAAGUUGGUAGCUAAACUCACAUUUGUUUCAUUGUUUUUUAGCAUAUUCAAUCUAAAUUCUAUUGUAAUGUCUUUAGAGUUUAAGGGUUGUGUCUUUUUACAUGGUUAAAGUGUUGUUAAAUUGGUAGCGAAAGUUACGUUUGUUGUGUAGCUUUUUAGCAUAUUCAACAUAAAUUUUAUUGUUUUUUUUUAAGUUUCAGGGAUAUGUCUUUCAACGUGGUUAAAAUGGUACAUUGGUGUUGCGCAAUUCACAUCUUAUCAGAGUUUGUACCCAGAUCUAAAAGAGCCCAGAGGGGAUAAUAACAUGAUGAAGGCUUUUUAGCCGGAUUUUUUUCGAAAAAAUCUCGGCUUAUAGAUUGAUGUUG